CUGCGGAGGCGCUACGGAAGCCGGGCAGGUUCGUCGCCUGGGCCGCAGACUUGUGCGUUCACUGCGGUUGUCGUAGUUCCGGCUGAGCGUUCGCCGAGUUCUGGCGGCUGGAGGCUGCUCUGCCGGCAGGCAACGGUAAGCGGUGGGUGUCCCGCUCCGCCAGCCCAGCUCCUGCGGGAUCCCCGGCUGGCCCGGGUCCGGGUGCCGCACUCACGGCCGCUCCGCCGCAGACGCGGAGCGAGCAGCAGCCCGCAUCCUCCGAGGUCGGCGUCAUGAGGAGCCUGCCGUUCUUCUGCCGCGGUCAGGUGGUGCGCGGCUUCGGCCGCGGCUCCAAGCAGCUGGGCAUCCCCACAGCCAAUUUUCCUGAACAAGUAGUAGACAAUCUUCCAGCUGAUGUGUCCACUGGCAUUUAUUAUGGUUGGGCCAGUGUCGGGAGUGGAGAUGUCCACAAAAUGGUGGUGAGCAUAGGAUGGAACCCGUACUACAAGAAUGUGAAAAAGUCCAUGGAAACCCACAUCAUACAUACCUUCAAGGAGGACUUCUAUGGAGAAAUUCUCAAUGUGGCCAUUGUUGGCUACCUCAGACCAGAAAAAAACUUUGAUUCUUUAGAGUCACUCAUUUCAGCGAUUCAAGGUGACAUUGAAGAAGCUAAAAACCAACUGGAUUUACCAGAACAUUUGAAACUCAAAGAUGACAAUUUCUUCAAAGUUUCUAAAGGCAAAAUUCUGAAUGGCCACUGAUGAAAAGAACCUUAUCUGUCCAUGUACUGUGGUGUCUCUAGCUUGUGAUACAGUCUCACCGUCGUCAUAUUUUCAAUUGAACCUUUGUGUGUAGCUACCAAGUGUUCUUCAGCGGUUAGCUCCAUCAUGUUAUGUUGUACUAAAAGAUUCAUUCAGAAAUCAAGACUUUAAAUGUAGUAUGUUGAUUCCAAUGUAGCACUAGAAAGCUAGUGUCUUGUAGUGGAAAUAAAGUCUGAGUGUCACUGGGGAGUGAAGGCUGGCUGCGGUUCUCGUGGUUCUCAAACCAUGUGUGCUGGCGCUGCUGAAUGGGCUGCUUGUCCCAAGAAAUGCAGCACAGGACUUACCUGGGGAGGACAGUCUACAGUGUAUUUUUAUUAUUUGUGUAUUAAUAUAUUUUUACAGACCUACAGACUUGUGAGCCUCGAGUCACUUCAUUUUAGUGUCCCAGUGUCUGUGUAGAGCUACUUCAGCUUGAAGUGGCCUGGUUGUCCCAGGGCGUUCGCUUUUCUGCACAUGCUGAAGACUGCACAGGACCUUAUUGGCAGGAACAACCCUGAAUUAGACUCCAGCCCCUUUUCUUUUUAAGUCACACAGUGUCUUGCUUUUCUGUUUUUAAAAUGCCUUUUUAAAGAGUAGAUGUCCUUGCUCUUUAAGGGUUUUUUUUUUUUUUCCUUUUACUUUGGUUCAUUUUUCCCCCUAUAAGUGAUUGAUAUUAUUCGCAUUUGGAAUAUCCUACAGCCCUGUGCUUCAGAGAUUGCAUGUGUGUGUACACCAUUCCAUUCAUUACCGUGUGACUGGUGGUCAGGUGCAUAUACACAUUGCAUUUUUAGGAGAAAACUCAACUUCAUUUAUAGGCUUCCUUGGGAUUGAAAUGAACACAACUAUAUAUAUAUUUUCUCUCCUUUUGAGACAGGCUUCCAUUAUGUAGCUCUGGCUGGCUUCAGACGAGUCCUAGAGAUCCACCUCUCUUUGCACUGGGAUUAAAGGAAUGCACCACCAAGCUUGGUUGUAACAGUUUUCUAAAAGAACACAAAAUAUUUGUCUUCUCCUUAGGGUAACUAAUAAAUUAAAUGAUGAUGUAGAAGUAUUUUUUGCGAAGUGUGGUCCUAUGUUUUCAAAGUAAAUUAUGUCUAUGUAGCUCUGUAUGAACAGCUACUUAAGUAUAAUUUAAUGCUCACCUAGAGUCCUUGUAGUUUCAGAAAUGGAGAAGGUUUAGUUAAAUAUCUUCUUAUCUCCCAGUUUCCCUUACUUACUUGUGGUGGCUGGAGUUAUUUAAAGUUGGAUUACAGAUCACUUUGUGCCCAUCAGCACAUUGAAUCACUGUUUGCUAUAUGGCAACAGAUUUGCUGAUGGGGGGGGGGUACACAUAAAGUAUGAAGGCAAUCACCACACACAUGAUGCAUGCAUGUGGGUUGUGGUGAGAGAUGGAACUCACUCAGCCUUAGGAAUACCAGGCAAGUGCUCUACCACUGAGCUACAUCCCUAGCCUUGAAAAUAGAAUUUUUGAUAUCGGAAAUUCUAUACUUAAAAGAAGCCUUAAUUAUCAGUGCAUUUAUGAAGCAAAGUGAAAAACAAACAUGGAAAGUACAAGAGUACAGUUGUGUUUUUUUAGUAAUACUAGCUCGCUGUUAUGUUUCAUGAAGUGUGUGAAAGUUCAUUGCUAAUGUCAUCUCCCAUUUUGUUGAACAGUCGUUGCUUUGGAACUAUACAGUGUGUGGUUUAGAGGUUAGUUAAUUCUCUGAACUUCUGUAUUGAUGUAUCAUAAGAAAUUAUAGUACCAUUUUGAUUAGUCUGAAUGUUUUUAGGCCUUGGAAUAAAUUUUGACUAUGUGUUACUCUUUUCCUCUUCCUCA